AUGGCUGGGGACUUUAGUCCCCCGUCAACCCUGCAACUUCUGGCGCGCCUCCUGCGACCAAAUCAUAUGUCAGAACGGCUUGCAAAGGAAGCAUCUUCAGAAUUAUCGGUUUCACGGGCUUCACUCUAUCUUACCUUCCUCAACUCAGAGAGCCACAGUGCAACAACUUUCUCUCUCGGACAUGAAGAGAAUUGUGAUGGCAACAUUGUUAUCUCUCAUGGAGCAUGUAACACCAGCGGGGGGGAGGGGAUGAGGAUGUCUAGGAGCCUAAUGCAUCAGCGAUUACGUUUGGUGGAACCACCUAUCCUCCAGAGUUGA